GAACAUUUAUUAUUCCUUUCAGGUCUUAGUCCAACUUGACCAUGUGAAAUCCCGAAUGCAGCUAGCCGUUGACUCGCUCCAGGAAGCAGACAAGUGGAGCACUCUCAGCGCAGACAUUGAAGAGACAUUUAAAACACAGGAUGUGUCUCUAAUCUCUAACAAGCUGACCAGCAUGCAGAGCAGCCUGGCUGUGCUAGUGGACACCCCGGACUAUUCAGAGAAGUGUGUGCACCUGGAGGCGCUCAAGAACCGCCUGGAAGCCUUGGCUAGCCCGCAGAUCGUCUCUGCUUUCAGCACUCAGUCUGUUGAUCAGGCUCGACUGUUUGUGAAAGUCUUCACGGAAAUUGACCGAAUGCCCCAGCUGCUGGCCUACUACUACAAGUGCCACAAGGUGCAGCUGGUGGCAGUGUGGCAGGAUCUGUGCCAGUCAGACCUCCUCCUGGAUCGGCAGUUGACAGAGCUCUACGAGGUGCUGCUAGGGAUGUGGCACUCGCAGCUGCAGUGGACCACGCAGGUUUUCCAGAACGCUCACCAGGUGGUGACCGUCCUGCUGCUCCAGGUGCUGGGUGCGCUGGCGCCCUCCAUCCCCACCUGCCUCAGUGCUGCCAUGGAGCGUUGCAGCCCCGAAAGCAAGUUGGAGCAACUCCUGGGGCUGUACAGCACCACCCUCUACUUUGCACGCGGGCUGGAGGUCACCAUGCUGCCCAGUUUGAGGGAGUGUAACUUGGUGAAGGUGGGUGAACUGGUGGAUGCCAUCUUCAGCCCUUACAAGCCUUUCCAGCUGCAGUACCGGGCAUUGGAGGAGGAGAAUCUUCUCAUCCAGAUGAGCGCUGUCCCUCUGGAACAUGGGGAAGUGAUGGACUGCGUCCAAGAGCUCAGCCAUUCUGUGAACAAGCUCUUCGGCUUGGCCUUGGUGGCUGUUGACCACUGUCUCACACUGACUGAUGGGCUGGGCGUGGGGGGACUCCUCACAGCCCUGCAGGCUCUUUUCAACAAAUACGCGUCGGACUUCAGUAAUGCCCUGCAGUCAAUCCGGAAGAAAUGCCAGUUGGAUGACAUCCCUUCAGAUUCACUCUUCCAGGAAGACUGGACUGCUUUUCAGAAUGCCAUUCGAAUAAUUACUGCCUGUGGGGAGCUCCUGCGACAAUGUGGAGACCUUGAGCAGCAACUGGCAAACAGGAUCCUCUCGAAAGCAGGGAAAUUUCUCUUGGAGUCCUACCGUCCCUGCAGCCUGAGUGGCUUCCAGGAGCCCAGCCCAGAGAAGCAGAGCCACGUCAAGAACCCCUGGCAGGAGUACUGCUACCUGCAGCAAGAGAGCCCGGCAGAAUAUGCUGCUCUGCUGGAGACCCUCUACACACUCAAGGAGAAAGGGACGAGCCACAGUUUGCUCUCAGCAUCGCGCUCCGCCUUUACCCGUCUCAACCAGCUUGCCCAUCAGCUGGCCUUUGACUCUGUUUUCCUUCGCAUCAAGCAGCAGCUCCUCUUGGUAGCCAAGAUGGAGAGCUGGAGUGCAAGUAGUGCGGGCGAGAUCCUCACCGAUGACCUGCCCAACUUCAGCCUCACGCCUCUAGAAUACAUCAGCAACAUCGGCCAAUACAUCAUGUCCCUCCCUCUUCAUCUGGAGCCGUUCGUGACUCAGGAGGACACGGCGCUGGAACUUGCACUGCAUGCUGGGAAGCUGCCCUUUCCUCCAGAACCAGGUGAUGAGGUCCCCGAGCUGGACAACACGGCAGACUAUUGGCUGGGCUCUCUUGCCAGGGCCACGAUGCAGACGUACUGUGAGGUCAUCCUGCAGAUCCCUGAGCUCACCCCACACUCCACCAAGCAGCUGGCCACGGAUAUUGAUUAUUUAAUCAAUGUGAUGGAUGCUCUGGGUCUUCAGCCUUCCAAGGCCCUGCAGAACACAGUGGCCCUCCUAAAGACCAAGCCUGAAGACUACAAGCAGACGGCCAGAAAUUUUCCCCGCCGCCUGGCUAGCAAAAUCGCCACCAUGAGGGCCCUGGACUAUUGAGCUGCCGAAGUCUUGGCCCAAGAGUGGCCCCAUUGCUCCCCUCAGCCAGAGACACGCCAGAAGGGCCCCUGGAUGCACCUGGCGCUCCCCCUGCCCCCCACCGUAGAGUGCUCUCCUUCCUUGCAUAGGGGAGAAAGAGGCCAAAAACAGAUGAGUGUGUGCAGACAAGUUUUGUAAGUACUCAAUAAAUCCUUUUAAAAGGCAACUCUGAGCUGGUGGCUGGUGAAAAAGGGCAUU